ACCGGUACGUAUAAAAUGGACCGUCACCCGGAGGUAAUGAGCCAUUCAUUUCUCCACUAUACUCGAGAUAUGAUUCGGUUGGUUGCAGCUUUGUUGGCCCUCGCCGCCUCUUGCCUCGGUCAGUGGGACCCCGGCGUGACGAAUGGGCAAGUAAUCGUUCAUCUUUUUGAAUGGCCGUGGAGUGACAUCGCUCGAGAAUGUGAGGAAUUCCUCGGACCGAGAGGAUUUGGAGGUGUUCAGGUUUCGCCACCAAAUGAGAAUGUAGUGGUUCACCAAGGCUCCGUCACCCGACCGUGGUGGGAGCGAUACCAGCCUGUGUCUUACCAACUCACGACUCGCUCGGGAGACGAAAACGCCUUCAAGGACAUGGUUUCAAGAUGUAACAAGGCCGGAGUGAGAAUCUACGCAGACGCUGUCAUCAAUCACAUGUCGGGAGGAUGGCCUUCGGGUACAGUGGGCACGGGAGGAACAUCGUUUGAUUCCGGCGCCCAGAGUUACCCUGGAGUGCCCUACUCUGGAUUCGAUUUCAACGAUGGCAACUGCCACACUGCCUCGGGAGGCAUCGAGGAUUACAGUGAUGCCAACCAGGUCCGAAACUGCAAACUAUCAGGUCUGAAUGAUCUGAAUCAAGGAACGGAAUAUGUGCGAGGGAAAAUCCAGGACUAUCUCAACAAGCUUAUUGACUACGGUGUGGCUGGCUUCCGAGUCGAUGCCAGCAAGCACAUGUGGCCAGGAGACAUGAAGGCUAUCUUCGAUGGUCUCAAAGACCUCAACACUGAGCAUUUUGGUGCCAAUGCCAGACCUUUUAUUUUCCAAGAAGUUAUUGAUUUAGGUGGAGAGGCCGUCACCAGCAAAGAAUACGUUGGCAAUGGUCGAGUGACCGAGUUCAAGUAUGGUAAGUUCUUGGGUGAGGCUUUCCGUGGCAGUAACCAGCUCAAAUGGCUCGUGAACUUCGGAGAGGGAUGGGGGAUGAUAGACAGGCAAUAUGCUCUUGUCUUCAUCGACAAUCAUGACAACCAGAGAGGACACGGUGCUGGAGGAAAGAUGAUUCUUACCUUCCGAGAUGCAAGGUUAUACAAGAUGGCAACUGCUUUCAUGUUAGCCUGGCCAUAUGGGUUCACCCGUGUUAUGUCCUCUUACUACUGGGAACAACACUGGGUGGGUGAUCACGAUGAGAAUGACUGGGUGGGUCCUCCAAUGGACGGCCAGGAGAAUAUCGUCGGUCCCACCAUCAACCCUGAUGCAACCUGCGGAGGCGGAUGGAUGUGCGAGCACAGAUGGCGGCAGAUCUUCAACAUGGUUGAAUUCCGAAAUGUUGCCCAUGGAACUGACAUGAAUGACUGGUGGGACAAUGGAAACAACCAGAUUGCUUUCUGCAGAGGAGACAGAGGAUUUAUCGCCAUCAACAAUGACAAUUACGACUUCACACAAACUUUGCAGACUUGCCUGUCAGCUGGUACCUACUGUGACGUCAUUUCUGGCUCCAAGGAAGGAGGAUCCUGUACCGGCAAGUCUGUAACAGUUAACGGCGAUGGAACCGCCUAUAUUGAAAUCAAGACUUCGGAAGACGACGGAGUGUUGGCUAUCCAUGUUAAUUCUAAGUUAUAAAUCAUCUUGUGAGGAGCCUGGAAGUCUUCCAUAGUGAAAAAAACCAACUUCAGCAAACAUGAAGACGACUGCAGACAACCGAAGUUUCAUAUUAUGAAGUGAAGAUUAGUUCAGCUAAUAAAUUUGAAUAAA